AUGAAUACUAAUAAUUAGUUAUUAAAACCCAUCUUACACGUAGCUCAGAGCAGCAGCGACUAUUCUAAAAUAAAUAAUAUGAGUGGAGCAAAUAACUCAAACUCUUAUCAUAAGAUAGCUGCAAAUCUUUUUACUAAUUAGCUCUAAUCCUAAUAACAGUAGCAAUAACUUUAGUAGCAGUAGCAGUAAUAAUAAUAUUUGUAUUCAAGUCCUUAGACUAUACAAAAAAAAAUAUUACAAUAAUAGUCAGAUUCUUCUAGGUAACCUUAGAAUUUCUUGUAUGAAUCAGUUGACUAUAAAAUAGCUACAUAGUCAUCAGCUUAAAAUUCUCCUUUCCAUAUUUAGCCAAUUAAUAGCUAUCAAGCUGGGGCUCUGUCUUAAAGCAAUAAUGGUGGCUGCAGAAAUUAAUCUCCUUAUUCAGGAAACAAUAGUUAUCUCUUUAGCAAUAAUAAUAACACUUCUUCUUAAUAGCAAAAUAUUAAUUAAAAUCUACUUUUCGAUAAGACAGCGAGUUUGAUGAAAUAGAAUAGCAGUAAUUAGUAAAAUAUGCAAAUAAGCGCAACUCCAAGUAUAAGCAACAUUAAUUAUUUAAAUAGUAGCAUGAAUUAAGGUUAAGCUAAAUGUCAUAGUGCAACAAGCAUCCAUUUUGAAUUGCGUGAUUUAUAGCAGGAGCGCUUUCAAGUUAAGAUGAUGACCAAUUAUUCUGGCACUGAAGAAAACUCACCUAUGCAAGCUAGAAUUGCAGAUAGAUUUAAUUUGCAUAAAUAAAGAGAUGUAAGUAAAGGCAGAUAAAAUUCAGAAGAUCAAAAUAAAAAAAUACAUCAGUCAAUAAACGAAUUGGAAGGAGAAUGGAAUAAAUUAAAAUAAAUCCAUAACUUAGAUAAUAGAAGCCAAUCACCAUUUAAUAAUAGUUUGAAUAAUAGCGCAUUGAAUAUAGCUAAAACAAACAAUCUGCAAGCAGGCUAAUAAAGAUUAAGUGAUUAAUUGAAUAGAGAUUAAUGGAAUACUUAGGUAUCAGAUAAUUGUUCUGUUCAUGACCAAAGUUAUGAUAACACGAUUAAGACUUAAGGCUCAAUAAAAUCUCUCACUAGUAGCUGUAAAAGGAUUCGUACUUAAGGAGAUUCUACUAACAAUGGAAGUAACAACUCUCUCAAAUAAAUUGUCCACACUCCUUCAAGAAAACAAAAGGAUUAAAGUGCUAGCAGCAUCAAAAAAACAUAAAUUAUUAAUAAAUCUAUUCCUUUAACAAAAAUUAAUUUAGAUUAAAUGAGAACAAAUUCAUACUCUAGUCGUUCACAAGGUGAGCAAGUCACAUAAUAUAUAGUAAAGAAGGAUUCUAGAUAAAAUUCUUCUUAAAUCUCAAACAGAAACAGUUUAAAUAACUCCAAUUCCCUAAUAUCUACAAAUACUAAUAAUCCUAACUCUAAUCAUGUUUAAAAUAAAUCCCCAAUAAGCAGAAAUAGUUCUUAAGAUGAAUUCGCAGCUCCUAAAUCACCUGACACUACAUUCUUAAAAAUUUAAGAGAAAUACUAAAAUGUACAUAAGCAAAAAACUGGAAGUAAGCACCAGGAUUCAAGCAAUUAAUCUAUAAAUCUAUCCUAAAAUUAACAAAAUAACUCAUAAUACUAAGUCUAUAAUAACCAAUAACAACUAAGCACAAAUUAUUCUCAAAAUAUGCUUAAUCUCAACUAAUAGAACUAAGAGACAAAUGCUAAUAGCAAUCAACAAUAUUAGAAAAAUUCCUUUUCAGAUUUGAGCGUUUCACCAUAUCAAAGUCAGAUUAUGUCUCAUCACUCCUCAAAUAUGAUAGGAAGUAAUACACUACAUUAAUACCCAUCAAUUAUAUCUUAGUCUUCUGCUUACCAAGCUAAUCAAGCACCUUAAGUUUAAUAACCUAGCAGUUACCCACUUCCUCUUAAGCGCUACUCUUCUUUAUAAAACGACUUAACCAAUAACUUUAAUAAUUAAAACAAUAAUAUUUAUAUUAAUAAUAGCCAAGAUUAAUCUGAUAUUUUCCAUUUUAAUACAUAAGCAAGCGGUGCUUCACCUUUUAAUAACAAUAAUAUAAUCAAUAACUAAUUGAAAUCUCCAGCAUCUUACCGUAGCAGCAAUUAAUAAAGUAUAAGCAUUCAACAGAAUAGCAAUACCCCUUAAUACAAUAAUAAUAUUUCUAAUAAUUAUGAUUCAAACAAUGGCAAUAACUCUGCUUUGAGAUAAUUACAUUAAAAUACAAUUAAAAUCAAUGAGCAAACUAAUUAAAUUAAUUAAGUGCCACAUUCAAUGCAAACUAUAAAUUAACUUUAAAAUGCAUAGUCUAUGAACUAUUUAAUUACUUAAAAUUAUGCUGCAAAUAACCCAUCAACAAGAGUUUCAAAUGCUUACUAAAUUUCAAAAAGUGGUUAGCAUAGUAACAGACAAAGUGAAUAAUCUCAAAUUUAGUAAUAAUUUGGAGAAAAUCAAAAUCGUAUCUUGCAACAAACAGCAUCACCACCAGGUGGAUUUUCUGAUGCUCUAAGUUAAGUAAAUUAAAAAAAUUAAAUUCCUAACUCAAAAGAAAAAUCAAUAAUAUAACCUGUAAGAGCAAGUCCUGUUAAAAAAAUGAUAUCAGAUGUAAAACCUCAAUAUCAAUCUCAGUAAUCGCCAAAAUAAAAUGGUUUAGUUAAAGGAAUAUAAGGUAGCAAUUGUUACAGCAACAACAAUAACAAUAGUUUAGGAACAUAUAGCAGCAAUACUUAUAAUUUAAGCUAUACUCCUUAAAUGAAUGCUUCCUCUCAAUAAAAUGCAUACUAAAUUUCAGGUAAAAAAGACAUGACUUAAAUAAUCAUGAAUAAAAUUAAAAAAAUGAAUGUUGCUAGAAUUUCUUUGAAUGAGGAUGAUGACUUACUUUUUUAAUCUACCGAUGCUGAAUCUUAUAGUAAUUUAACAAAUGGCUCAAACAAAAACUACAUCAAUGCUAAGGGUAAAGCUAACAGUAAGAUGGUUGACAUGAAAAGUAUGAAUGGAAAUAACAAUAAUAAUGACUAUCUUUAAUCUCUUUAAAUCUAAGAAAUAGACCAUAUAUAAAAAACUAUUUAAUAAUAAUAAAUGAAAUCAAAAUAGGAUUAUAUCUAUCAAUUAUCGGAUAAUUAAGCAAAUAAUAUUGAGGUUUUUUCUACAAACUCAUAAGCAAUGCAUCUGACUGAUACAGUAUCCCCACGCUCAGUUCCCUCUCAAAUUUAAUAGAUGACUAAUGAUCCUACUAAGAUAUCAUAUAAAACUAAUAUCUUAUCAAAUCAAAAGUAUUUCAUAACAAAUGAAGCAAAUGAUAAAAAUAUUCCUUAAAAAUCUCAAGAAGAAGUAUAUAGAGAUUUAAUGAUGUAUAAGCAAAAGAGUAAUAUAAGUCCUGUUAAACAAAAUUAAAUUAGCCAGAAUUAGCUUGAGAAUAAUACAGCAACAAGCUCAUUUUUAAAUUCAAAUGGACAACAAGUAAAAGAAAGUUUCAUAUAAAGUUAAACUCAGAAGCCAUAUAUUAUCUCAUAAAAUAAUUUGCAACUAACUCCAAUAAAUUAGAAGAAAGUUUCAAGCAAUACUAACUAUUCGCAGAAGUUAUUGGAUUCGAUUUAAAAGCACUCAAGAAUCCAUAAAGAGAAUUAGUAAAAUAUUUAUUCUAACAUUCAAAAAAUAUGA